GACGCCUUUCGUGAGGGCAGGAGGCGGCGGACGCGGGUAGGCCGCCGAGGGACGGUCGUGGCAGGCGAGGGGGAAAUUCCCCGUCGGCGGCGUGUGGCAGCCAGGGCGGCAGUUGGCGCAAGUGCGUGCGGCCGCGAGUGCCAGGCGAGUGGCACGGCUCAGUUCGCCCGCGCCCGGGGCCUGGCCAGGUGCUCCGACACACACACGCGCGCGUCUCUGCGGGGCCGCGCUGCCGGAGGCGGCCGAGGCAGUCCAUGUUUGUUUUGAGUGGAAUCCUUGAGCUGAGGCCUGAGUGAGCUCAGGGAGGCGGUGUGAGGAUGCCAGGGCGCUCGGGACGAGGAAAGCUCUAGUGAGGACGGUGCAGGGAGGAGCCAGACAGGACUGCGGUGGGCGGAGUCAGCGCCGCCGGGGCAGGAGCAGAUCCUGACGGCGAACUGUGCUGCAGGGACGCACGCCGUCGUGCCGGCCGCGCGCUCACCUGUCCCGCGCACCUCCUCCCGCUCGCGACUCCGGGCCGGCGCUCCCGAAGCCCCAGGCAAGUGCUUGCCGCGCCGGAGGGCCGAAGGGCGAGGACGCACCGCCCGCGGCUCCGGGGACCUGCGUGUGUGGCAGGCGGCGCCCCGACAGCGCCGCCGACUGCUCCUGGAGGCCGAGCAAGUGGUUCUCGGGUCGAGGGGGGCCAGGCACGCACGCUAGCCCGCACGCACGCACGCACACACGACGCUAAGACGAUCUCCUGCUGCGGAGCCAUCUGUGCGCCGCCCUCGGCCGGGCUGCUGUAGGCACACGGGGCCCAAAGCGCACUCCCACACACACACACACACACACACACACACACACACACACACACACACACACACACACACACACACACACACACACACACACACACACACACACUCACUCACUCACACGAAAAUAUAAACACACACACGCGCACAUUUUUAGAUUCAUAUCCUUACUAUUGCAUAGACACAGAUACUCACUCAUAGACACAUAAACAUACAUUUAAGCCUCCCUUAUAUACACACACACACAUUCAUACACCACCAACAACAACACCCCAAACACAGAACCCAACAACCCAAAGCCAAACACACCCACUCCCACACGCACCCAUACGCACACGCACACACACGCACGCAGGGCCUCGUCCCCAUGAUGUGAGUGCGUGAGAGGUUCCUGCGAGCGAACAAGAAGGCUCGGGGUUGGGCCGCCUGAGAGAGGUUCGGGGUAGUGACAGUAUUGACCCCCCUUUGAAGCCGCCUCUGGAAGGGUAUUGCCGCCCCCCCCCCCACCCCGCUCGCUGAAAUAGCAUUAUCAUCAUUACUAUGUGCCAAUCAAGCAAGGUCUACCUGUACUAACGGUUAGCGCGUAUUUUAUAUAUAUAUAUAUAUCUCCCCCCACCUACCGGAAACAAAAGAGGGGGGGAAUCAGUGUCCCCUUUUCUUCCUCCCCCCUUUUCCCCCCUUCCCCCGGUCAUCCCCAACUACCUUUGGGGGGGAGACGCCGAUUCAUCGGAUAUAUCAAUUUUUUCCUCUGUCCGACGCUCACGAACCUAGUCACACUGAAGGAACUUAUUAUAAAGCAGAUGUCCUCGACCAAGGUGGGAGGGAAGAUGGCGAGGCGUCGCCGCGGCUCCUCCGGGUCGGGCGGCGGCUGCGACGAAGGGCUCAAGAACAACAAGAAGGACAAGGGGCAGAGCGAGAGCAUCGUCCGGUACAGCAACAACAGCGGCGGCGGCGGCGACGAGGCCAACACGAUAACGACCACGACGACCACCGCCACGGACUUCACCGCCGCGACCACGACCACCACAGUGAAGGUAUCCAGCACGGCGUCCACGGACGCGGCCGCGACCUCCCUGGGCGCCGGACUCACCCGAGCGCAGCCGAGCGGAGGGGGCGCUGGAGGAGGAGGAGGAGGAGGAGGAGGAGGCGCAGGAGGAGGCGCAGGAGGAGGAGGAGGAGGAGCAGGAGGAGGAGCAGGAGGCGAGGCGGUGCCCACGACAGGCAGCACCUCCGCCUCGGGUACAACGACGGCCGGGCGGGGCAACAACCACCAGCGCUCAAGAAGGUGUUGCUUUCUAUGGUGCUGCUGCUGUCGGUGUUCAUGUUUAAAUGUGAAAAACCCAGACGAUCCCCUAUUGCGGCCUGGGGGGACCUUAGUUAAUGGAGAUGAACCGCCACCGACGAUAGAGGAGAUUCGAGCGUGGAGUGAUUCUUUCGAUAAAUUAAUGAAGUGUUCAGGGGGACGGCAGGCGUUCCGGGACUUCCUCAAGUGCGAGUACUCGGAGGAGAACAUAUUGUUCUGGCAGGCGUGUGAAGACCUCAAGGUGGAGAACAACCCAGCUGUUAUCGAGGAGAAGGCCAGGCUCAUUUAUGAGGACUACAUUUCCAUACUCUCGCCGAAGGAGGUCUCGCUGGACUCUCGCGUGAGAGAGAUCAUCAACCGCAACAUGGUGGACCCGACUCCGCACACCUUCGACGAGGCUCAGACGCAGAUUUACACCCUCAUGCACAGAGACUCCUAUCCACGCUUCAUCAACUCAGCUAUAUACAAACGACUCGCACAACUCAAUAAUAAUGGGAGCAGCAGCAGCAGCAGAAAAGAGAGUUCUACAUAGGGCGUGUCUCUUUCUCUUUAAAUGUAUUUUAUCUCUUCCUCUCUCUCUCUAUCUUUAUAUAUCUCUCUAUCUAUCUCUCUAUCUGUCUAUCUAUCUCACUCGCACACUCUCACUUCGCCCAUUUUUUUCUCAAAUGUACUCCUCCACACACAAAAAGACUCAACGUUGCAACUCCAUAAGAAAUACUUUAGUCUGUGCUCUCUCUCUCAGCGACCUCGUAAUGCUCCGUUUUCCUUUAUCUCAGAUGGGGACCAGGAAUACAUAGAAAGCGUAUGUGUUAUGUAUGUGUUAAAAUGAAAACCGGGAUAGGGGUUCUGCGGUGGUCACAAUCAAAGGUGGAGAGCUGUAAUUAUAUAAGUUUGUAAGUAAAUACUUAAGCUUCAA